AUGCUGAGAAAGCUUGGUAUCCCCUCACGAUUCAAGAUGGCUACCCCUAAUAAGCUGAUCACUCUACCACACGACGAUCACUUCAUAUCAUCGCUUCACUUGCAGGGCAAUGUGUUGUCUGUCUAUGAGACGGACCAUACGCUGCUAAAGUUGUUUGUGGAGUUAUGGAUAACUACGGACGCAAUAUUCGGGGAAACGGCCGUGGUAGAGGAAGAGGAUGGGGCAGAGGAGGCCGUGGCCAGAACCAAGGUGGCGGACGUGGACAUGGAGACUGGGGCGGAAGAGGAGGUUAUCGUGGCCAAAUAUAGAAACAAUAGAGACAACUAUUCAGAUACAACUGCAAGGCCACCAGAGAAAAGGGUGAAACAGGAAAUACAUUCAAUUGGUUACAAACGAUUACAAGAAAUUAAAACUAAAGAUGCCACAGAAAUUGUGCUGACUCUGAACACAGGGCGAAGUGGCUUGAAGGAAUUGCUGGCUGAGCCUCUUAUUCGGAAAGACCUAUUUGUUCUACUACUGAGUGCCUUGUCCAAAGCCUGUGAUUGUGAUACUUCUCCACAAUUAUUAAACGGCCUACUUGGCACUUUAGUUUCUACUGACUUUUUAAUUCGACAUCUCACCCUGUUUUUUGCACAGCUGCCUGCCGAAUACAGCCACUGCAAAAUCCAGGAAUUCCCACAACAGAUAAAAGAUGCUGUGAAAGUAAUGAAGACAAUUCUAGAUCGUAUGCCUGACCAUUUCGUGGAUAUAAUUCCACCAACCAGUACUCUUGAAGGUGCCAUUAAUCAACUGCGGAUUUCCAGUGAUGUAAUAGAUACUGAAAUUACGCUGAUGCUCGAAGACCUGAAACAGAUAACAGGGGAUCUUAUGCAAACCCGCAAAAAUGAUAAACAUAAAGACAUGUUGGUUGAUCUAUCUGAGGAAGAGCCUCCUAACAACUUCCGAGAUAUUCCUAUUUUCCCUGAUGUUAAAGAUAUUCAUAUGGAUGUCGAACCAUUCAUUAGACCAAACAUUGUCUCUGGGGGAUACAAAGGAGUGGAACACUAUCUCGAUGUUCAGUUCAGAUUGCUUCGUGAAGACUUCAUGGCUCCUCUACGUGAUGGUAUAUCAGCUUACCUGACCAUGCAGAGAAACCCUCAAGCAAAGGGCUCGAAUCUACAAGACAUACGGCUCUAUUAUGGCGUGCACAUUGAAUACCCUUUGUGCACCUUGCAUGGAAUUGUUCAUAAAAUAAAGUUUGAUCAGACACGACUGAAACAUGUGAGAUGGCAGUCAAGUAAAAGAUUGAUAUAUGGAUCUCUGCUUUGCCUGUCCAAGGAUGAUUUUAAUACUCUUAUAUUUGCCACCGUAGCUAAUCGUGAUGCUAAAGACCUUGAACAAGGAUAUCUGGAGGUUAGAUUUGAAGACUCAACACAAGUUUCAACAAUCUUACCAAAGGAUGAGUUUAUUUUAGCCGAGACAUCAGCAUAUUUUGAAGCCUACAGGCAUGUCCUGCAUGGUUUACAAGAAACAACUGAAGAAAACAUGGCAUUCAAAAAGUACAUUGUCAAAGCUGCUACAUCCGUUGAUUCACCUAUGUAUUUGCGAAGGGGAUAUGCAGCAUAUGACUUACGACCAUUAGUGGAAGAACCGAGGAAAGUUAGUCGUAAUAGGCAUUUGAAUUUGGAUGACUCUGAUGGCGAUUAUGAUUCUGAUUCUGAAGAUGAAUAUGAAUACAAAUACAGCUCUGAACCCCGCCUCAAUCAAUUAAAAAAUGUGCCCUUGCUACAAUUGAAUCGAUGGCCAAAUGCAGCAAGCUUGAACUUUGAUGAGACACAGUUAGCUGCUGUACAGACAGCAUUGACCAAAGAAUUUGCAAUCAUUCAAGGUCCACCAGGAACUGGGAAAACAUAUAUUGGUCUUAAGAUUGUGAGAGCACUGCUUUUUAACAAACACAUCUGGGGUGUGAACAACUUAACAGGCGAGAAAGAUCCACGACCUAUCCUAAUUGUGUGCUAUACCAAUCACGCUCUGGACCAGUUUCUUGAAGGUAUUCAGAAGUUUCAAAAGACUAAUCUAGUAAGAAUUGGAGGUCGUAGUUCAAGUGAAACAUUAAAACAAUAUAACUUGAAUUACCUAAAAUCACAGAUUCGUACAAGACGCAAUAUUCCAAAACAUAUAUUUGCUGGAUUGUGCUCUGCCAGAGAUGAUAUGCAGUAUUUGAAGGAACCAAUGGAGCGAGCUGCUGAGUUAAUUGAAACUACCAGAAAGGGGAUAUUGAAUGAUGAUUGUCUUUUGCCAUUCAUUUCUGAUACCCACUGGAACCGUCUCAGUGAUGUGACUUCAUCAAUUUCUCGAGAGUACAUUGGUAUCCGUCAAGUUGGAACUUCCAUACCACUCUGGCUUGGUCUUACUGGUGAGGUAUUUAUGGUUCAGAAUAGCAAAAACAAAUCAGUGAUUAUGCACAAAGAUGUGGAUCAUAUUGUCAAAGAAGAUAAGAUGCUUGCUGCUGCUGCUGCUGCUGCUGAUGAUGAUGAUGAUGAAGAAAACUUAAUCGAUUUUGAGGAGGAAGCUGACAUUCUUCAGUCCGAGCGGUUUUUAGAUGAUGAAGAUGAUGAUAAUCUUUUUCUGUCACAGAUUAAUAACAAAAAAAGGGGAGGUGUUGCCAACCUAGCAAAUACAAAUAUUGCUAUGGACCUAGAUGCAAUUGCCCAGCAAUCUGACAGAAGAUCGUCUGUAGUUGGUGGUUGGACCGUACAACGAAAAAACAAACACCAAUUGAAGCGUGAUAUUAUACGUAAGUUGAACAGUAAAGACAUGAUGUCUGAGCAGGAGGCUUCCAAAAUUGUUGAUAUAUGGGCAUUGAAGAUAGAUGAUAGAUGGAGAUUGUAUCGACAUUGGGUAGCACAGUAUUGUGAUGAGCAAAAAAACAUACUCGGAAAUCAUCACCAAUCCUACGAAGCAGCAAGUAAGCAACUGUCAGAAAUCCAAGAUCAAGAAAACCUUACAAUAUUGAGAGAGGCUCUUGUCAUUGGCAUGACAACUACAGGUGCUGCCAAAUAUCGCAAAUUGAUUCAACAGGUUCAGCCCAAGAUUGUUAUUGUUGAAGAAGCAGCUGAGGUAUUGGAGGCUCACAUUAUCACUACACUGACCAAAGGAUGUGAACAUCUCAUUCUCAUUGGUGACCAUCAGCAGCUGAGACCUAAUCCAACUGUUUAUAAGUUAGCCACCAAAUUCCACCUGGACAUAUCCCUUUUUGAAAGAAUGGUAAAUAACAAGAUGAGUUGUGAAAGAUUAGGCCAACAGCAUAGAAUGAGGCCAGAGAUAGCUGAAAUGAUGAAACAUUUCUAUGAUAACCUCUCCAACCAUGAAUCAGUCAUGAAUUUUGACAAGAUAAGAGGAGUAUCUUCAAAUAUAUUUUUCUUAGAGCAUGAUUUCAAAGAAGAAAAUGUCAAAGACACUAAAAGCAAGUCAAACAUUCAUGAAGCGAAAUUUCUAGCAGGAUUAUGCAAGUAUUUCCUCCUCCAGGGCUACUCUCCAUCCCAAAUUACAGUUUUGACAACUUAUACAGGUCAACUGUUUGCUCUUAGAAACGAAAUGCCUAAACGACUCUUUGAAGGUGUCCGAGUUUGUGUUGUAGACAACUUUCAAGGUGAAGAAAAUGAUAUUAUUCUACUUUCUUUGGUGAGAAGUAAUGAGGAAGGCAAGAUUGGUUUCCUGAAGAUAUCAAAUCGUAUCUGCGUGGCACUCUCAAGAGCAAAACAGGGUUUCUACUGUAUUGGAAACUUUGAUCAGCUUGCCAAAGAGGGAGAUCUCUGGAGCAAGAUCAUUCAUGAUAUGAGGAAAAGUGGACGUGUUGGAAAGCACUUGAAAUUGACAUGCCAGAACCACCCCCAGAAUGUCAUUCCUGUUUCAAAAUAUUCCGAUUUCAGUGCAGCCCCGGAGGGAGGUUGUACCAGGCCAUGCGAAUAUCGCCUUGAUUGUGGCCAUAAAUGUGAGAUGGUAUGUCACCCACGUGACCAAGACCACAAGGAAUAUAAGUGUAGAAAACCUUGUGAGAAAGUAAUCUGUGAGUUUGGUCAUAAGUGUGCUAAAUAUUGUUACCAGCCCUGUGAAAGUAGCUGCAGUGUUGCCGUGAAGAAAUUAUUGCCUAAGUGUGGCCAUUCCCAAGUCAUGCCAUGCCAUAAAGAUCCAAUAUAUGCUGAAUGCAAAUCUCGCUGUGCAAAGAAGCUUCCUUGCGGUCACUCUUGUCUUAAAUUGUGUGGAGAGUUGUGUACACGAAGUGAUGAGUGUAAAGAAGUUGUUCAGCGUACAGACUGGCCUUGUGGACACAAAGUAAAAGUUAAAUGCUCAGAUAAACCUGAUGUAUGUCCUGCACCUUGUAAUACAACACUAAAGUGUGAACACACAUGUACAGGAAGUUGUGGAAAAUGCCGAAGUGGUCGACUACAUAUACAAUGCACAAUGAAAUGUGGCCGAACAUUGGUGUGUGGUCAUAGCUGUACUGAGCCAUGUACUCGCAAUUGUCCACCAUGCAAAAAAAAAUGUGAGAAUCGAUGCAAGCACAGUAAGUGUCCUAAGAAGUGUGGUGACUUGUGCAAGCCAUGUAAGGAGCCAUGUUACUGGCAAUGUAUUCAUCAAAAAUGUACUGCAAAAUGUGGUGAUUUGUGUGUCAGAACACGGUGUGACAUGCCAUGUGAAAAAAUACUUCGCUGUAAACAUCCCUGCAUUGGACUGUGUGGUGAACCAUGUCCACGAAAAUGCAGGAUAUGUCACAAAAAUGAUGUCACAGAAAUAUUUUUUGGGACUGAGGAUGAAGAUGAUGCUCGUUUUAUUCAGUUGUUGGACUGUCCACAUUUUCUUGAAGUACAAGGUUUGGAUCAGUGGAUGGACAUGGCUGAGAGUGGAGACUCAAACCACGACAUACAAUUUAAAGGAUGUCCCAAAUGUAAAACCCCCAUACGAAAAAGUAAUCGUUAUGGUAACGUCAUCAAGCAAUGUUUGGAAGAUAUCCAGAGAGUAAAGCAGAAGGUAAUUGGUGAUGAUAACAAUAGACAAAAAAUAAAGAGACAUCUGAAUCGUGAACUCCUUGAUGCUGAACAGGGAGAAAAUCGUUUGAAGCACUCAAUUUGGAGAGAACUAAAGAGUAUGCUUCAGCUUGAUCUCACUGAGGAGCAGCUGGUUAUGACAGAAAAUAAAAUCCUAUUCUUAAAAGAAAUAUCGAAGAUUAGGAACCGAGCAAAUAGUAGCCGUCAACUCACAUCGCUACGUUCAAGAUUAUCUGCUCUUGGCAUCAGAAGACAUCUCUUUUAUGGUUAUAAUGGUGGUGAUAAUGAGUUUUUUCCAAUUGAAGAUGAGUUAUCAAAGCUUGAAAAUUGGAUAAUGAAACCACGUUUACGUCUCAGUGAGCAGGAACUUGAGGAUAUCAGCACAGAAAUACACAGACAAAGUGUUUUCUGUAAUCUCAUCACAAUGAAAUGUAAUAUAAAGAAAAAUAAAGUUAAACUGUCAGAUACAGCUACAAGAUACUUGGAAAAAGCCGAGAGAAUACUUUGCAGUUCUAUGCCCUUAACAGAUCCACGAGAUGAUGAAGUCAAAGAACUUUUAAAGUGUGUCCAGAAGCUACACCCAGAAUCAAUGGCAAAUAUAUCAGAAGAAGAACGUAUUAUGAUCGUUAAAGCAAUGGGAUUUACUCCUGGUCAUUGGUUUAAAUGUCCAAAUGGUCAUAUAUAUGCUAUUGGGGAUUGUGGUGGGGCGACAGUAGAGGCAAAAUGUCCAGAGUGCGAUGCAGAUAUAGGAGGGAGACAUCAUACACUGCGAUCAGAUAAUAGACUUGCCAGAGAAAUGGAUGGUGCAUCAUAUGCUGCAUGGUCUGAUCAAGCAAAUAUGGAAAAUUAUGAGUUUGAUGAAUAA